CACACACACACACACACAAAGUGAAAUAUGAUCGGAGCAGCACUGAGCCAUAAUCCUGGCUCCGCACUCCGGGUCAGGGAUGCUCCGCGCAGACAAAGGAAGGAGGUUUCCGUGUUCUGUGGGUGGUAAUUAUCAUCAAGCCUAGAAGACUAAGGAACAGCAGCAGCUGAAACACACUCACACUGCCACAUCACACACACAGCUCGCUGCACUACAACAUGCGUUCAGGAGUUUCGCUGCUGUUCCUUUUCGUGGCGAGAAGUUGUUGGUGCGCCCCGCAGCAGACUUGUCAUCCCGGAGACGAAUUUUUAGGGAGAUGCAGCAACAACGUCUAUGAGGAGAAACCUAAGUGCACAGAGCUGAACCUGGGCUACUGCAAUGAUUUGGAAUAUUCUAGUACCAUAUUCCCCAACAUCCUCGGCCACCGGAGUCGUGUGGAUGCUGAGUCUGGAGCAGAAUACCUCCUCCUCAGCGUCAUCCACGGCCUGCUCAACGGGGAGUGCUCCCCUGAGAUUCGUCUUGUAGGCUGCUCGGUUCUCGCUUCGCCCUGCAAGGACGACAAGAUGAUCAGACCGUGUCGCAGCACAUGUGAGGCACUGAGGAAGGACUGUGCCCAUGCCUUUGAAGCCAUCCAAAUGGCCUGGCCCUACUUCUUGGACUGUGAUCGCUUCUUUGCCAGCGACCAAGAGGGCUGUUUCGAUCCCCUAGCAGGGCUGAAAGCCAGACAGGAACUUGCCAUGUCCAGUCUGUCUCCUGAGGAGCCCAGCACCAUCAUCCAGUUCACCUACACCUCGAACGCUCAGAUGUACAGUUUACUGAAGAGAACAGCAGCCAAGUGCUCCCAUAUCUCUCAUGUGUACAGCAUUGGACGCAGCACUGAGGGCAGAGAUCUGCUGGUGAUUGAGUUCACCAACAACCCAGGACAGCAUGAGCUACUGGAGCCAGAGAUCAAGUUGGUGGGCAACAUGCACGGCAACGAGGUGCUGGGCCGCCAGCUGCUCAUCUAUCUGGCCCAGUACCUGUGUUCAGAGUACAUUCUGGGAAACCAGAGAAUUCAGACCAUCAUCAACACAACUCGCAUCCACCUUCUGGCCUCCAUGAACCCCGAUGGCUAUGAGCUGGCCGCCGCAGAGGUAGAGGAUAGCAAUGACCCGGAGCUCACCAACCACGAAGGUCACUUGUUGAAUGGUUGGACCAAUGGUCGGGGCAAUGCCCAAAAUAUCGACCUGAACCGCAACUUUCCGGACCUCACCUCCGUGUUUUACCGGAACCGGCGUAGCAGGCACUACCGCAUUGACCAUAUCCCAAUCCCAGAUGGCUACUGGUUUGGAAAGGUGGCACCAGAGACCUAUGCAGUGAUGAAGUGGAUCAGGUCACUGCCUUUCGUUCAGUCUGCCAGCCUCCACGGAGGGGAGCUGGUGGUCUCUUAUCCCUUCGACUUCUCUAGACAUCCACAGGAGGAGAGGAUAUUGUCUCCCACUCCAGAUGAAAAGGUCUUCAAGCAGCUGGCUCGUAUCUACGCUGAUGCCCAUGCCACCAUGUCCAACAACGACACAGAGAGGUGUGGAGCCUCCUUUUAUCGAACCAGAGGCAUCAUCAAUGGGGCUCAGUGGUACAGUUUUGCUGGUGGCAUGUCAGAUUUCAAUUACUUACACACUAACUGUCUGGAGAUCACAGUGGAGCUGGGCUGUGACAAAUUUCCCUCAGAGGCUGAACUUUAUCCAGAAUGGAAGAGAAAUAAGGAAGCUCUGCUCAGUUUUCUGGAGUCUGUCCACCGAGGAAUAAAGGGAGUAGUUAAGGAUGUUGAUGGAGUUGGUAUUAAAGGUGCAACUAUUUCCGUCAAGUGGAUCAGGAAAGAUAUCACCACAGCUGAAGAUGGAGACUACUGGCGUCUGUUGAACCCUGGCACUUACAUCCUGACAGCCACGGCCAAGGGUUAUUCCAAGGUCAGCAAGAGGGUUCAUCUGCCUAACAACAUGAACAAAGCCGGUCGUGUAGACUUUGUCUUGAAGAAGGUUCCUGUGGAGCCCGAUAUUGACGACCACCUCUUCCCCACAGUUGACACAUGGGAUCGAUUCGACCCCUACCACCAAUUCGAGCGCUACGGCGAACCAGAUGUGGCUGAGGAAGGGAUAGAGCGGCAGGAGAAACCAUGGUGGUGGAACUACUUCUCUCAGUCUGGCGUCUCGCCUCCACACUGGCUGCUGAGGAAUGUGUAGACACGUUUAGG